CAAGAAAGAAAAAGAUAAAAAAAAAGGAGGAAAAAUCAUGGUUGGUUUCUGUGUGUUGUGGAGAUGAACAUGAGGAUAACUUUGGACACAAACAAAACAAAACAAAGGAUCGUCGCAUUUCAACCAAAUCAUACCUUAGCAUAGGAACGAGAGGAGUAAAAAAAAAAAGAAGAAGAAUUGCAAUGGCAUCAAAAGCCAUCUCUCCUCCACCACUCACAGCUUCAUGUUCAUCAGCAAAAACCCAAUUUUUUACCAAAAAGACUGUUCUUUUAUCAUCAUCGUCAUGUUCCAAGAUACUAGGAGGUUCAAGAUUAGCCAGCAUAAGAAUCAAGAAAAGAACUUUAAGCAGUGGGAGGGGGUUUGGAGUGGUGAAAUGCAUGGCUUCUGCUGCACCAUCAGUUCUUCCCAAGGCUCUUUUGUUCGAUUGUGAUGGUGUGUUGGUUGACACUGAGAAAGAUGGCCACCGCAUUUCUUUCAAUGAAACUUUCGCUGAAAAAGAAUUGGGAGUUACUUGGGACGUGGAUUUGUACGGUGAACUGCUCAAAAUUGGGGGUGGAAAAGAAAGGAUGACGGCCUACUUCAAUAAGGCGGGGUGGCCGGACAAAGCCCCCAAGAGCGAUGAAGAAAGAAAGGAAUUCGUAGCAUCACUUCAUAAGAGAAAGACGGAACUGUUUAUGGCACUUAUCGAGAAAAAGUUGCUGCCUCUUCGACCAGGUGUUGCAAAGUUAAUAGAUCAGGCUCUCGGAAAUGGAGUCAAUGUUGCUGUAUGCAGCACUUCAAACGAGAAGGCGGUCUCUGCUGUAGUUUCAUUCUUGUUAGGACCCGAACGAGCAGAAAAAAUCCAGAUAUUUGCUGGAGAUGUGGUUCCUCGCAAGAAGCCUGAUCCAGCAAUUUAUCUGUUAGCUGCAGAAACACUGGGAGUCGAACCUUCAAGUUGCGUUGUUGUGGAAGACAGCGCAAUCGGUCUUGCAGCUGCCAAGGCUGCAGGAAUGACAUGUAUCGUAACAAAGAGCGGGUACACGGGCGAUGAGGAUUUUGUGAAUGCUGAUGCAGUUUUCGACUGCAUCGGUGAUCCUCCGGAGGAACGGUUCGACUUGGCAUUCUGUGGGAGCCUUCUUGAGAAGCAAUAUGUUAGUUGAUCCCACUCCACUUCAUUUCCGUCUUCAACAUGUGUUCUUCCCACCCAUUCUGAGAUUUUCAACUUAUCUCAUCCUCUUCUUUCACUGUAUCAGAUGACUGCAAAAAUUCUUUGUUUGAAAUAGUGCAGUAAAAAGAUUUGUUUUUCUCUUU